CAGUCAUUGAAACUUAAUAAUUUAUUGAAAAAGCCACGACAAAACGUCUCACCCUAACGCCCCCUUACCAACAUCCUUACAAUACUCAGCCUACCCUUGACAGCGACUUCCUUUUUUCCCUAGCACAAGGAGUAGUCAAAUAGAAGGGAGACCACCCCCGGGUGUACCUUCCGUUUGGUACUUAUAUUCUAAUACAUUUCUUUACGAUAAUGAUAGUUACUUGAACCCCGUGCGACAAUCAAAAAACACGAUGGCCAAACCACUUCCCAUUUGUGCUGAUUUGAUCGACUGCAAUUAUGCUGUUGCAGGGCAGUAGGUGCCAGAUCUACCCCGAUUUAUUAGAUUUACCUUUUAACUUUCAAGCAGUGACGGCACUCUUUCUGAUAUUGACGGCGAAUUGUUUAUUAAACCGUGUACCGAUACCGAGAUCGCAUUCUACAACGACACCAUAGCAAACCACCAAGACUUUUACGAUUUUAUGCCAGAAUUUCUUGGAACCUUGCAGCUGGAUGAGAAUCAGAACAAAUCGAUUGAAGAGACGGCCGCUGAGUUGAUCGCACAGCAUUCAAUACCUGAAGUUUCUUACCCAGGCAGGACAAAUGGCAAGAGAAUUGUUACCAAUCAAGCCGUGGUUCUCAUGAAUGCAUCGCACGGAUUUUUAAAACCUAAUAUUCUCGAUGUCAAACUAGGUGUACGAUUAUGGGCAGACGACGCGCAUCAAGAGAAGAAAACAAGAUUCGACAAAGUUACUGAACAAACCACACACAAAGACUUCGGGUUUCGCAUCGCAGGUAUGAGAGUAUGGCAGGGACCGGAUGCCAAGGGCGAUGAUAUAGAUGAGGAUGGCUAUAGGAUAUAUAAUAAAGACUACGGCAGGUUCGAGUUAAACAAUGGCAAUGUUCACGAGGCAUUUAAGAAUUUCAUCUUCACAGAAGCGGCUGGUAUCGACAAAGAGUUAGGGCAAUUAAUAUCGCAGGCUUUUCUUACGGAUCUGAGAAGAAUCCAAGAUGUUCUGGAAAGUCAGGAGAGCAGAAUGUACUCCGCUAGUCUUCUUUUUGUUUUUGAGGGUGAUGGAAAAGCAUUGCGCUCUGCAAUGGAAGAAGCCAGCCGAACACCUCCUCCAACAACAAUGGAACAUGCUUCCUCAUCGUCCGGAGAAACCCAAUCAUCCUUUGAAGAGGAGGAAGAUGAAGAUGAAGAUGAUAUUGAAGAGGGAUCUUUUCCAAAGAUAUAUGCUCUAAAGGUCAUAGACUUUGCUCAUGCGCAGUGGACUCCUGGAUUGGGACCGGAUGAGAACGCUCUUGUAGGAGUACGUAGGGUAGGGGAAAUCCUGGAAAUGCUGGUGGAAUCUUGAUAGUCACGAUGAUCGUAGUGUCCAAUGGUACAUCGAGUACACCAUGCUACAGGAAUACCCUUCUCGCACUGGAGUUAUAGGAGUCAAGGGCUUAUUAGAUGCACGGCAUAAUUACGGAGUUGCUUGGACAGGGCAUACAUCUAUACAUGAGCAUGGCUGUUUACUAAGAUACCCCCCUGCAAAUGGACAUUUAGAAGUUUGCAUAUGCGAAGAAGUAUGUGCAUUGAUUUUGCUUUCCUUUCUCAUUUUUACGUUUUAGAUAUGGUUCAAAAUAUAUCCUCAAUUUUUAGUUCCGCUGCCAUCUCGUGUUUGUGUCUGGAUGUGAAGGUACAGUACGGUUAGUUGUGUUUGCCGAGAUUGUACAUCUCAGCCCCAUGACACGAGGUGACGGUGCCAUGGUGGCUUUGAAUGUGUUGUCUUCUUCAGCCAAGCCCGCAGCCCCGAUCUCUAAGCACUUGACGUGCUGUCAU